GGGCUGUGCGCGGUGUCGAUCCUGUUUUGUUUACGUUUCGCUCGAAACGCGCGGCAGAUUUGAUUUUUUCCAGGAUUUUUUGGUUUGUUUGGAGAUGGAAAAAUAGUUUUGGACGCGUCGUUUAGGUGAUUUUGGUUGUCGAAUUGAAGACAACAGCUAGAAGGCGUCUUAUCCAAAAGCCCGAGCUUCCAUUCAACCCUCCGCCUUCCCUCUCCGGCAUGUGACCGAUCUGUCGAGGAAUCUCGCUCGUUCCAGGAACCUUUCAGUUUGGGGGCGGAGGAGGGAACCAAGGGUCCCAGGAAAGCCUCUUCCGGUCUGAGGAGGUCUCACACGCACACAGCGGGCGCCAUGCCUCGGACGAUAGCGGAUUUGAGGGCGAAGCUUCAGGAAAAUGGUGAGACCGGGUGGUUGAAGAGGGUGCAGGCGAACAAUAAUAGUUGCGACGAGUUGAAGCUGUUGAAGGAGAAGAACAGAUAUAAUGAUGAGCUAUCGGAAAAAUCGUUUCUGGCUUCCAGAAAGGACCAGCUGGACGCGGCAUCAACCCAAUGGAAACACCGCGUGGAGAAAAGCGACGCGGAAAAAUUCUCAGUCGCCGGCAAAAUGGACAAAAUACCCACAAUUAAUAUCCCUUCAGUGGAAAAGGAGAAGAAAACACCUCAGGCCAAAAGAUACAAAGGAAAGAACGAUGCCUCAUCUACACCAUCAUCACCCGAAAAGAAUACCAUGUUUAAUCUCUGCAGAAGUACAUCUGAAUUAACACCAGGUGCCCUCAAGGGUGAUAAAGAGUCAGAUACCAAAAGUCGAGUCGUCAGCGUAGUCAAGCCUGAUGAUUUCACUUUCACCGCCUUCUUUGAAAGUGUUGAACGUGCCAAUGUCCAAGGUGAUCAACUGGAUAUAAAACCUGAAGAUUUUGAUGCCAUAGAGCGCCAAUCUUUGUUAAUUUACAAGAAAAACGUACAGAUUCGAAGAAGGAAGCCCACAAGAAACCCAAUCAAAGCUUUAGCUGAAAGAACUGACAUCACUAAUGAAUAUACUGAAGUCAUAACCGGUGUAGCCGAGAGAGAAAAAAAGAGACUGAAUAUUGAAAAACUUGCCCAAAACUCCAACAAAGCCUUGGAAGCCUUGGCAGGUCUUGCUAGUAAAGAAGACUUCACAUCCGUAGCCCUGAAGAAGGGUUCCGUCUUAUCCUCCUAUUCGCCUUGGAAGAGCCUGAUGCUCCUCCAAGUUAAAGGUCGAAGACACGUUCAAACCCGUCUGGUUGAACCCGUUGCUUCCAGCGUCAACGAAGGGGACUGUUACGUUUUAGUAACAAGUUCAGCAGUUUAUACUUACAUAGGACUUUACUCCAAUGUGAUUGAACAAUCCAGAGCCGCUGAUGUUGCCAGUCACAUACAGAAAACCAACGAUCUGGGGUGUAAAACUAGUAAAAUCAUGAAUGUCUCGAGUAAAGACAUCGUUAAGAGGAACUUAGAAGCAUUUUGGAAGCAUUUAGGAGCUGAGACGGUUCCUGAAACGAUUAAUGCUGGACAUCCCAGCGAGGAUGAAACUUUUGAAUCCAAUAUCUUACAAACCAACAUGAUAUAUACUAUAGAAGACAGAGAAUUAGUUCCUAUGGAUGCUUAUUGGGGCACUAUUCCUAAAAUCGAGAUGCUCACCGAAACUAACGUUAUAGUGUUUGAUUUUGGAUCAGAAAUGUACAUUUGGAGUGGAAAGAACGCAUCUCCCGAGAAAAAGAACCUAGCGAUGAAGCUGGCUAAAGAUAUGUGGGACGAAGGUUUCGAUUACAGCGAUUGCAGUAUAAAUCCUCUAAACAUAGCUCAUGUUUUGGGGGAAAGAGAUUCUAAAGAGUUACCGUUGAAGGGAGACAAGAGACCUUCUUGGGCGAUGUUUGCCAAAAUUACACAGCAUCGAGAAACAGUCUUAUUUAAAGAAAAGUUUCUGGACUGGCCUGAUUUUUCCAGGGUCAUUCGAGUUAGAGGAGAAGACGGUAUCAAACGAGGCAAAGGAUCCAUUGAAAUCAAACCUUGUAACGCCGAGGAAAUGGUUAAAAACAAAACAAACCUUCCGGAUCUCCAGAUUGGUAACACCCACUUGGGUAGAGGAGACGAAUAUUUUGAUGAAGAAACUCGCCGACUAUUUCAGUACGACACCAUCCAAAUAAAAGCUUGGAGAAUCCAAGAAAACAGUCAUGAAGAACUUAAAGAACGGUCAAUAGGUCAAUUUUACGACGGCGACAGUUAUAUAUACUCCUGGAAAUUUCGGCAAACUGUCAAAGGAAGAGAAUUAAAUGGUAAACCAUCAAAACAUGCGCAAGUCGGUCGUGAUAUGACGAUAUUCUUUUGUUGGCAUGGAAAUAAAUCUUCUGUUAACGAGAAAUGUACCGCUGCAUUCCUAACUGUUGAACUGGAUAAGCAGAAUGCUCCUCAAGUACGGGUAGUGCAAGGUUCCGAACCAGCAGCUUUUCUAAGGCUUUUCAAAGGUACGAUGGUGAUACAUAAAGGCAAGAGAAAUGAAGUGGAUAAAGAACCAAAAUCUAGACUGUUUGUUGUACGCGGUGAAGUGGAAGAAGAAAUCUAUUUUAUGGAAGUUCCUGUAGAAAUGGCUAGCUUAAGAAGCCGAUCUUCUUUGGUACUGUUAGAUGUCCAAGGAGGACAGGUUAUUAUCUGGCACGGUUCCAAAUCCAGCGAACUGAAAAGAAAAGUUACCAAAUCUUCCCUAGAAAGGAUUCUAGAGAAGAAAUCAAGCGAGCUGUUGUUGGAUGAUGAUGAUGAAAGCUCAUUGAAAAUAGUUGAGAUUGUUGAGGGUAGUGAGAGUGAAGACUUUUUGGAUACUAUUGGAAACGACAGGAAGUCGUACUCAUCCCUGUUGGACAGUGAUAAGGAUUUCGAUUAUACGCCUAGGCUUUUUAAGAUGUCGAGUAUUACGGGUAGUUUUGCUGCUACGGAGGUACCGUGUCCGCACAGGAGCGAACAUAUCACGCCUUAUCCUUUUGUACAGUCAGAUCUUUACCAAUCUAGUCAGCCAGCGCUGUUCCUUUUCGAUAAUCACCACGAGUUGUGGUUGUGGCAGGGCUGGUGGCCCGAAAAGGAAGACUGCGAACUGACGGCCGAUCAGACCGGAUCUGGAGCUGUCAGAUUGCAAGCGGAGCGUCGAGCGGCCAUGCAAACGGCUAUGAAUUACUGGAAGAAGAUCCACGCUGACCAGGAUGACCACGAACCGAUCGAGGCUUAUUUGGUGUGGGCAGGAUUAGAACCUUUAGAGUUUAGGAAUCUGUUUGCCACGUGGGAAGUGAGGCAAGAUGUUAGGGAACUAAAUCUUCGGGACGGUAAAAAAGAAGACGACAAAAUUCCUCUUAGAACAGAGCUGGCUCUUCUCACCAGAACCACCUACCCUCUCGCCGAGAUACUCCAGCGACCUCUACCGGAAGGUGUCGACCCAACCCAACUAGAAAUCUACCUGUCCGACGACGAUUUCAAAGAACUCUUACUCAUGACCAAGGACGAGUUCGAACAGCUUCCGUCGUGGAAGAAAACAGCCUUGAAAAAGGAUAAAGGUCUUUUUUGACCGCUGUUAAAUUUUUUAUUCGGGUUGUUGUGCUUCAAAUAGACAUAUCACACACUUCGUAAGAUAAAAAAAAAACGAUUUUUUAAGUUAUUUCUCUAUCAAAUUUAGAGCUGUUUCACACGAAGGUACUGGUGUCUGACGCCGGUGUUCAGAUUUAGUAAAGUGUUAUUUAAAAUCUGCGUAUAUACAUGAACCACGUUGCUUUUAAUGGAAUAGCUGUCGCUGUCUAGUGUCUUGUCCUCACAACAGGCCCAACCAACGGACGCUGUUUUAGCAGGCACAUUUUGUGCCGUGUCUUUAGUUUGAAUUAAUUAUGGAAAGAAGUCUUGAUUCUAAUAUGGAGGGAGAACCUUGAGAAGAAGGUCAUUGAAGGAGAACCAACUAUUUGGGACAGUAAGGUUAUAGUAACAAAAUUAAAAAUAGACCUUUUUGGUAUCUCUCAGAUAAUAACAGGUGUAUCAAUAAUUCUCUCCUUCGUGGCCGUUGAAUUAUUAAUAAUACAGUCAGUAUAAUAUUUCUUCAUAUUUUUAAACUAUACUCACAGGCACGAAAAAUGGGCAU